GGCACUGGUGCGUGAAGACGCACUGCGACCACAACAUGAGUCCCGGUCCGAGACGCACUUCCUAAAGUCCACUCGGGUCCAAAAGGGCCAUGAUGCUGUCAAACGCGAGCCUCCUGGUGCGUUUGUCCGUGGAACAUCCCAACUUUACGCACGGUUCUAGCGCCAGGAACGACACCUUGCUGGCUAAUCGCCGAGAAGAAACCAUGUCCUUACCGAUAUUUAUGUUCGCCGGGGGCGCCGUGGGGAAUAUAAUCGCGAUCGUCGUCCUCACGGUGUCGAGGCAGGAGAGGAAAAGUUCUGCUUUCUACACGUUGGUGUGCGGACUGGCCGUGACGGACCUGCUGGGGACUUGCUUAGCGAGUCCGAUCACCAUCGCCAACUACAUGGACGGAAAGUUGCUCCAAACCCGAAAACUGUGCGAGUUUCACUCCUUCUUGCUGCUCUUUUUCGGUUUGACCGGCCUGAGCAUCAUUUGCGCCAUGGCGGCGGAGAGGUACGCGGCCAUUUGCUGCCCGUACUUGUACGGACGCUGGGGGGUGGACCGACGCUUCGCGCGGACCUUCCUGACGUGCGUGUACGCCGCCAACGUGCUCUUCUGCUGUCUGCCGGCGAUGGGCGCCGUGAGGAGCAAGGUGCAGCCCUCCCGGACAUGGUGCUUCAUCGACCUGAGGACACCGGAGCCGCUGGCCGCCGCCUACUCGGUGCUGUACGGCGCGGUGAGCGUCGCGCUCAUCGUGGGAACCACCGCGCUCAACGUGGCGGUGUGCGGCGCGCUGCUGCUCAUGCGGCGGCGCAGCGUGACCAGGCUGGGCAGCGCCAGGAGCAGCGUCCGGGACAGGUGGAAGUCUCUGUCCUCGGCCGCGGAGACUCAGGUCAUGACGGUGCUGGUGAUGACCUCGGUCGUGGUUCUGGCCUGUUCGGCUCCGCUGGUGGUCCGUGUGUUCGCCAACCGCCUCAUGCUGGAAGACGACCCCGCAGCCGACCUGGCGGCCAUCCGGAUCGCGUCCGUCAACCCCAUCCUCGACCCGUGGAUCUACAUCCUCCUCAGGAGGUCGCUGUUUCGCCGAAUCCUGGCGCUGUCCAGGCGAUGUAGAACUCGCGGUCGCCCGACAAAACGAGGGCGCCUGUUCUACCCGGAACACAUCAAGGAGGACAGCAGCCAUGUUUUCAGCCAGUUGAUGCUCGCCAGCGUCAUGGCGUCGCCCCCUGAUGCCAACACUUUGUCACAGUAGCACACAGACACACUUUGUCACACGGGAAACUGAGAGCGAGGAAGAUUUGCUUGAAGGAGGAACCCACACCUUUGUGCGCGCAGUGGACUCACAGACAAAACUUGCAGCUGGAAAGGGUUAUUUAAGGUCAAGCUUGAGACUGGUACACCUGUCAAUCACAGGAAGGACACAUAAGGAGCAUUCACACCGUGGCAAUUUGCACUAUUUGUACAUACCGUAGUUGGGCUCUAAUGGAAGAAGUUUGUUACAUGAAGUGGAAACAUUCACUCUCACUUGAGCUCUUAUAAGACCAUGACCCUUUGGAGGGUCAAAUAGGACACAAUUAUUUUUUUUAAAUGUAUUUAUUUUACGUAAGCACGGGGGAUAACUUUCAUUAUCUCCAAGCCUACUUGACCUCUUAUAAUAUAUUAAAGGUUGGACGUUUUCAGUAACUAUGGGACAAAAUUAUUAUUUGUAUUUUUUAAAUUUAGAUUAUUUGGUAUCUUUACAUGGGGGAACUUUCACCCUCUCCAAGCCUAACUGACCUCUUAUAAAACAUUAAAUGUUGGACGUUAUAGGACCAAUAGAGGGUCAAAUGGGAGAAAAUAUAUAUAUUUUUAAACUAUAUGGAAAUAAAUCAUGAAAUAAUAAAUGAAUAAUUAUUUCAAUGUUGAAAUGAUUAUUAAAAUGAUUAAAUAAAUGUAUUUUCACAUUAAAUCAAUUUCAAAUCAAUUAAAAUUAAUGACAAUUUGUUUAAAGAUGUAUGUAUUUUAUGUUGUCCAUUUAACCCACCAUAUUUCCAGCUACGUCCAAACCUUGAUAUAUUCAGUCAUAUGAAAUGUUUGCAAAAAAGCGGAUUUCCAAUAUAAAAAAUUGGCUAUUCAAUUUGAAAACAUGUUUUUUCAUUUUAUUUUACAUAAAUUCAUGGGAAUACUUCCGCUAUCUACAAGCCCAUUUGACCUAUUAUAAUAUAAUAAAGGUUAGAUGUUACAGAACCUAUGGAGGGUCAAAUGGGACAAAGUUAAAAGUUAAAGUUAAAGUACCAAUGAUUGUCACACACACACUAGGUGUGGCGAAAUUAUUCUCUGCAUUUGACCCAUCACCCUUGAUCACCCCCUGGGAGGUGAGGGGAGCAGUGGGCAGCAGCGGUGGCCGCGCCCGGGAAUCAUUUUUGGUGAUUUAACCCCCAAUUCCAACCCUUGAUGCUGAGUGCCAAGCAGAGAGGUAAUGGGUCCCAUUUUUAUAGUCUUUGGUAUGACUCGGCUGGGGUUUGAACUCACAACCUACCGAUCUCAGGGCGGACACUCUAACCACGAGGCCACUGAGUAGGUAAUUAUUGAUUUAAUUAUUUGGAAAAUAUAUAUAUAUAUAUAUAUAUAUUUUACAUAAUCACAUGGGAGAACUUUCACUAUCUCCAAGCCUACAUGACACUUACAGGGUUCGUACACCUUUUCCAUAGCCAAAUUCAAGCACUUUUUAAGGACUUUCAAGAUCAGUUUUCCAGUUUUUCCCUUCAAAAGGCGAAAACCAGCGUGAAUCAAUCCAUAGCCUUGUUGUUUGAGGUCACCAAAUGCUGUCUGUUGGAAAAAUACGGAAAAUCUGCUAAAUCCUAAGCCUAACAUUGAACCAGCAGUUAUCAUUAACUGAAUGGGGCAUAGAAAAUGAAGCAGUGUUUAUGUAGACUAUACAAUGUCAUUGGUGUUUGCAAACAUGUCUCCAUUUGUGUUGUUUUUCACAUUUCUUGUUCUUUUUCUUACUUACAGCACUCAAUGACAUCGAACAGCACGGAUUGAUUCACACAAGUUAAGUAGACAACCAAAAUAAUGGAGCAAAAAACACAUCGAACCAUGUUGGAUUUCCUUUUUGCAUACUUUGCAGCAGGCAACACAUGAAUUGGUCCACAUUUUAUCCAAAGUUUGUAAUUGUAAUUUUCCAUCCAAUGUUUAUUAAAACAACAACCUCCCGGCAUGAUGGACUUUCCUCUUGGGGGCGACACAGAGCCGCAUGACAACAACCUAAUGUAAGGGCUCGUGCAAAGCCAACAGAUCAAGCGUGUAGCUUUAAUUUUUAAGGAAACUUCUUUUAUUUUUUUCCAUUUUAUGAUUAGCCUAUUGAGUCAGAAAUAUGAUGAACAUUUCCAAACAUUUACAAGCACUUCACCCAAAAUUCAAGCAUUUUUCAAACCUUGAAAACACAACAUUAAAAUCCAAGCAUUUUCAAGGUUUUUAAGCACCCGUACGAACCCUGCACUUAAAUAACUUUGAAUAAUAUAUUAGAGGUUGGACGUAACACAUAACCUAUGGUGA